UUUAGCGGAAAAGUUCAAAUGUUUACAAAGAACGUACAACUUGACAAGUAAAAAAAUAUUGUGAAAAUCAUCAAUAUAAAGUGAGAGUGCAAGAUGGAAGCAGAUUUUUUACAUGGACCUAUAGAGAGGUUGCCUCUUCCAAAGGAUCUUGAGAAAAAACGGUCUUUUAGUACCAGUACGCCUUUCAUCGGACAACACCAUCAUGUGUCUCACAAAAAUCGUGCCUUAUCCAUCAGUAUUGGCUCAACCAUGCAAGAUGACAGUGGACUGGGAUCGUCCCUUACAGAGAUCUCAGUCACCAACCCCAUGGACAGUGCUAAGCCUACUGUGACCUUUACCGUGUGUAAAACACCAACUUCAAGUGUGAACUCUCCUUUCCAUUUAAACAAUACCAUCCAAUCUAGUGCUAGUCCUAAGUCUUCCAAAAGAUUCUCCAGUCGACGAAGUUUAGAAUCCUACUUUAGUUUUGAUGAAGCUGAAACGUCUAGUGCAAGCCGUAAUGACACUCUUAAUUCAAGUCAAAGUCGCAUUUCACGAUCUUUUGAUUGCAGUUUUGUGAGAAAGUUGGAUCUAGAUUUAGACAUUUAUGACAAUCAAAAAGAAUCUCAAUCAUCAUCUUCACCACUCCUUUCAUCCUCAUUGCCAAAUGAAUCUCAUAUACUGAAAAACUUUGAAGCUGUCUUACAGAAAUUCUCUCCAAGUGAACCAGAUCGUCUCAUUGGGCGAAAAAUGGGCAGAAACCAUGUUGACAUUCUAUCACAGCUGGACCAGCUGAAUAUUUCAUGUGUUUCAACAAUUCUCUCAUACCUUGAUCCUCAAGACCUUUGCAGCAUAUCUCAAGUAAGCACUGACUGGAAGAGGGUUGUCGAGAGUGAUUCCAUGGCCAACUCUAGACGGAGGCGCUUCCUUCAACAACAUCGGGCCCGAUUACAGGAACAAGGAAAGGAGAAUAUUGGAAAGCGGACACAUUCUGGUGCUCCCAGAGCGGCGACUGGGCCUCUACAGAGUCUGCCUAUCACACAGGAAACAACAGAAGGGCCUCCCAGACAAACCAUACAGAGGGAUAAAACAGUCACUGAACAGUUCAUUGAGGCAGCAUCUCAGCUGAAGAAUGAAGAGAAACUACAGAAGUGUCCAAAGUGUCGGAAACCAGCCAAGUGUCUCCCGGUUCAGGAUAGAGGCUAUUGUCAAAGCCCUGACUGUGGGUAUGACUUCUGCACAAAAUGCUCGUACGAUUUCCAUGGUUCCAAGGGGUGUGUACCCAUUGUGAGCAAAAAGACGAAAAGUUCCACGAUUGGUACGAAAAAGAGCAAGAAGAAUUUGAAACGGUUGUGAAUCUGUGAUAAUGGCAAGAAAAAAUAUGAGUUGAACGAUGGACAUACCAAAGAUGACAACGGAGGAAAAAGGAGGUGCUCGCUGUAUCCAGUGUGGAGAAGAUGUGACGCAGAUAUAUUACAGGAGUGGGUACUGGUAGCAGAGCUGGCCUGGAUGGACCUGCGUCCCCCCUGCAUGAUGCAGGGCCAAUGAGUGAAUGAAAUAUGUCGCUAAAAGAUCCAUUGAUGAGUGACGCACGUGUAAGAAAUCAUCUCCUGAGUGAGGGACAGUGACUGCAGUGAAUCUAUACACGACAUAUCAUUUGGCUUGUGAUUCAGCCAGACCAGUAUUAAAAUUGUCACUCAUGACAACUUCAAAGUAAUGUGUAAAUUAGUCACACUAUUUGUAGUGUUUGUGAAACUCAGCAAAUUAUUGCAAAAUAUCACUGCAUUCUUAAUUAUUAUUUAGUACUGAUCGAAUUUCUCUUGAUCAAAAUCUCAAUAGAUUACACUUGUUUUUAGACAUGAAUGGUUUUAGUUGCUUUAUUUUAUUGAAAUUUUACUUUAAUCAGUUUAAGAGUCUCUUUUUAGAUUUACUAGAAUGCCUUUUAAGACCAAGUCUUACAUAAGUACAUGAGUUUUACUUUAAUAUUUUUUAAUAUAUGUGUACAUGUUUGCCUGAUAUAUAUGAUAAGAACAGUCAUCCAAGUCAUAUUUUUUAAUUCAUAAGCCCAAAGUCUUACACUAGUGUAUGGCAUCAAAACAUUCCAACAUACCAAGCUAUGUUCUCAUUAUUCUGAUCACUGUUAAUUACAUUAUUUAUUAAUUAACAUUAAAACAACUUAUGUUUCAGAACUGUUAAAAUUAUUAAACAAAAAAAACAAAUAAUUUUCAAAGUUCUAAAUAAAAAAAACUUGCUAUAAUAGGUAUUAACUGAAUGCAUAAUAUUUUUUCAUCAAUGUUAAUCUUACAUUGAUAUUCGCAAUUGUAGUUUGCGUAGUCUUGUGUGUGUACAUGUUUGUAGUUUCUAUUCUCGUAAAUCUUCCUUCUCUGAGUUCGAUCUAAUCUACCCGUUUUCAUGUUGCUGUUUUUACCACAAUGUGUUUGUAUUUGUCUUUCACAUUAUAAUAAUUUAUUUGAGUGAAAAAAGUAUGGAUUUCGGUAUUUAAAUCUGUACUCUAAAUUUCCAUUAAUAUAAUGAAUAGGGCAUGAGAUGUGUUCAUAGAUGAUUGAAACUGCAAUAUUUGCAUGGAUUGUAAUAUAUUAAAUCAUUUGAUGAUGCCAUAAAAUUUUAUACAUAUUUUAUAUUAUAUUGUAUUGUAAUGUUUACAAUUUAUUUUGA